GGAGGAGAUUGAGAGAAGGAUAACUGAGACAGGCUUGGAAAGAUGUAGGAAAUUUUGAUUCAUCUGUUUCACUAUGGACCUGAUUUGGGACACUUACAUAAAAACAAUCUCAAUAAAAUAUGUGCAAUAUGCUUAGCAGCUGGGAUAGAUGCUAUAAAUAAAAUGUAGUAAUAUCCACAUCUGAAACAAGAUGUUGCACCCUCCUUACACACAUGGUGCAGGGGAAUUUUUGCUCUUAGGCUCCCCAGAUACCAACUAACAGUAACAGCAGAUGGGAAUGCCUUUUCAGCCAAGGAAGGAAUGCUCCUUUGCUAUUCCUUCAGCUUUCCUUCCCCUCCAGACAACCAGUAAUACCUGUCUCCUACCCAUGUUGCACUUAAGUAGACCUCAUUCAAACCCCAGUCAAGUCUAGACAAUAGGAAAGUCAAUUAGCCACACCAUCCAGCUCUAGUAAAUAGACAAAAGAGCUGCCAUUGUCUAAAUCUGUAUUCUGAGAGUGCCUCUCUGCAUUUUAAUGGGACAGUGGAACAGUGAUUCUGUAAGUGACUUUUUAAUGAAGUGUUUGUCAUCUUCCAGUGCAAACAGAUUAUUUGGGCAUGUACUUGGACAAAUUUAUGUAUUGGGAAACGUAUCAAUUGUACAACACAAAACCAAGUGGGUUAAAUUCUUAUUGCCAUGGCCCUCAAACAGCUGAAUUUGGACCAUCAAUCCUUUUUAUUUAUAGUGCAAUAUUAUUUAAUUCUGGGUUGCAGAAGCAAGCACUGAAUUAAUUAUGUAGCUAAGUUUGUGUUUCUUCACAGCUGGAGGUGAGGCUUCUGUAGUCUGAUCUGGCCUGUUUCCUCUUUUGUGUAUUGUCUUGAGUAUUUUUAGUUCUUAUCACCACAAUUUCUGUAACUGUUAUCUGCUGCGACCAUUUGUUGUUGUUUUUCUCCAUUUUCCUAUCCAUUUCUCUUUGGCGUUCACUUGGUGCAUGUCUAUUUUGGUGUAAAGCUUUAUUGUACUGUAUAUUCAUCAAAAAACUAGCAAGAUUUUUUUCUAAGAAUUUGGUGACUACCUGUUAAAUCACCUGUUUUCGCCAGGGAAAAGUCAUCUCUAAGUCUUGGAAGAACACAGGAAAUGGCCUUUCACACAUGGCCCUCAAACAGAUUGCGCUUCCUCUUGCUCUUCCUGUUUUCCAAGCUGCUGUCAGCCAGAUGGUUUCCUAAAAGCUUACCCUGUGAUGUGAAAGUAGAAGCUUCAACAGCCAAUGUGAUAGUGGACUGCAGUGAUCGUCGCCUCACUGAAAUCCCACACGGGAUUCCUCUGAACACCACCAACCUGACUCUCACCAUUAAUCAUAUUCCAAACAUUUACCCAACAUCCUUUGUCCAUCUUGAUAAUCUUUUGGAGAUUGAUUUCAGGUGCAACUGUGUGCCUGUUCGACUGGGGCCAAAGGAUCAUGUGUGCACCAGGAGACUGCAAAUCCAGAACAGCAGCUUUGCCACUCUUACAAAGUUAGAGUCAUUGUACUUGGAUGGAAAUCAACUAUCAGAAAUACCUCGGGGGCUUCCUUCUAAUUUACGCCUGCUGAGCCUCGAAGCAAACAGCAUUUUUUCCAUCACAAAAGAGAAUCUGUCAGAACUUGGAAACAUAGAAAUGUUGUAUCUGGGACAGAACUGCUAUUACCGUAAUCCGUGCAAUGUUUCAUUUGAAAUUGAAGAAGCAGCCUUCCGGGGCUUGAGAAAUUUAACAGUAUUGUCCCUGAAAGCCAAUAAUUUAACCUACAUUCCACACAAUUUAUCAUCCACUUUAAAGGAACUGUACCUUUACAAUAACAUGAUUCAAAAAGUUCAGGAGCAUGAUUUAAAUGACCUUUACAAUUUGGAAAUUCUUGAUUUAAGUGGCAACUGCCCUCGCUGUUACAAUGCCCCAUUUCCAUGUACUCCGUGCCCUAAUAAUGCCCCAAUUUGGAUCCAUCACAAGGCCUUUGAUGCCUUAAAAGAAUUAAAAAUUCUGCGCCUUCACAGUAACUCCCUUCACAAUGUACCCAGUAGUUGGUUUAAGAACACCAAGAAUCUCAAAGUGCUUGACCUUUCCCAAAAUUUCCUGGCCAAAGAAAUUGGAGAAGCUUGUUUUUUGAACUUUAUCCCCAACCUCGUAGAGCUGGAUCUGUCCUUUAAUUUCGAACUUCAGGUUUAUUCUUCAUUUUUGAACCUGUCUAAGACAUUUUCCUCUCUCACACACCUGGAAAUUUUGAGGGUUAAGGGUUAUGUCUUCAGAGAAUUGAGUCAAGAAAACCUACAUCCAUUGCUUCAUCUUAGAAACUUGACAGUUUUGGACCUGGGAACUAAUUUUAUCAAACUUGCUAACCUGAGUAUGUUUAAAAAAUUCCCAUCUCUUAAAAUGAUAGACCUCUCAGUAAAUAAAAUAUCUCCUUCUUCAGGUGAAUUCAAUAAUCAUGGUUUUUGUUCUAUCCCCAUGGCUUCAGUAGACCAAUACAAAAGCCAAAUGCUGCAGGAAAUGCAUUAUUUCCGGUAUGAUGAGCAUGGGCGAAGUUGUAAAUCCAAAGACAAAGAGGCUGCUUCCUUCCAACCUUUUGUUAAUGAGGACUGCCUCAGUUAUGGGGAAACUCUGGAUCUAAGCAGAAACAACAUAUUUUUUAUCAACCCCUCUGACUUCCAGCAUCUCACUUUCCUCAAAUGCCUCAACUUGUCAGGUAAUGCUAUCAGCCAGACUUUGAAAGGAAGUGAGUUCUACCCUCUGUCUGGACUGAAAUAUCUGGAUUUUUCUAACAAUCGGAUUGAUCUGUUGUACUCAACUGCCUUCCAGGAACUGAAAGAUCUGGAAAUUCUAGACCUGAGCGGUAACAAACAUUAUUUUCUGGCAGAAGGUAUUACUCACAUGCUUGAUUUUACAAAGAAUUUGACCUUUCUGAAGAAGCUGAUGAUGAAUGGGAAUGAAAUUUCCACUUCUACUAAUAUGGGGAUGGAAAGUCAUUCUCUUCAGACUUUGGAAUUCAAAGGAAAUCACUUAGAUGUUUUAUGGAGGGAUGGGGAUACUAGAUACUUGUCAUUUUUCAAGAAUCUGACCAGCCUAGAGCAACUGGACAUUUCCUACAACUCUCUGAGUUUUGUGCCUCCUGGUGCUUUUGAAGGGAUGCCUCCACGGCUCAAGGUACUCAUCUUAACCAAUAACAUGCUGAAGACUUUCAACUGGGGGAAACUCCACUUUUUGGAGAAACUGGAAACCUUGGAUCUUAGCAACAAUCUGUUGAGUACUGUCCCCCGGGAGCUGUCCAGUUGCUCUGCAACCCUCCACAAACUGAUCCUACAGAACAAUAGGAUCCGACGGCUGACUAAGCACUUUCUCAGAGAUGCCUUCCAGUUAAAACACUUGGAUCUCAGCUCAAACAAAAUCCAAAUAAUUAAGAAAUCUAGCUUCCCAGAGAAUGUUAUCAGCAAUCUGGAGAUGUUGCUUUUACAUGGCAACCCUUUCAAGUGCAUUUGUGAUGCUGUGUGGUUUGUUUGGUGGAUCAACCAGACUGAGGUUACAAUUCCUCUGCUGGCCACAGAUGUGACCUGUGCAGGCCCAGGAGCACAUAAAGGUAAGAGUGUGAUUUUCUUGGAUCUGUAUACCUGCGAACUGGACUCCUCUCAUGUGAUCCUGUACUCUCUGACAGCAUCAGCUAUCCUGUGUCUGAUGGUGUUUACAGUUACAAGUCACCUCUAUUUCUGGGAUAUGUGGUAUAGUUACCAUUUCUGCACUGCCAAGAUAAAGGGCUAUCGGCGUUUACAUUCACCAGAAACUUGCUAUGAUGCUUUUGUCUCCUACGAUAACGAAGAUCCAGCUGUAGCUGAAUGGAUCUUGAAAGAAUUAGUUGAAAACCUGGAAGAUCAAAAAGAUAAACAGUUCAAUUUAUGUUUGGAAGAAAGAGAUUGGCUGCCGGGGCAACCAGUUUUGGACAACCUUUCCCAGAGCAUACAACUGAGCCGAAAAACUGUAUUUGUGCUGACUAACAAGUACACAACAAGUGGCAACUUUAAGACAGCAUUUUACAUGGCACACCAGAGACUUAUGGAUGAAAAAGUAGAUGUGAUUAUCUUGAUAUUUCUUGAGAGAGCUCUGAAGAAGUCCAGGUACCUCCGGCUGAGGAAAAGGCUGUGUAGUAGCUCUGUCCUAGAGUGGCCAACCAAUCCUCAGUCCCAGUGUUAUUUCUGGCAGUGUCUGAAAAAUGCAUUGGCGACAAACAAUGACAUGACCUACAACAAACUGUUCCAAGAGACUGUGUAGCUCUCUCACGCCCUGUACAAUCUUAGUAUGAUACUGAGUAGACUGGAAAAAGAAAAGGAGGACUUGUGGCACCUUAGAGACUAACCAAUUUAUUUGAGCAUAAGCUUUCAUGAGCUACAGCUCGCUUCAUCGGAUGCACCAAAUACAGACUAACACGGCUGAGUAGACUGGGUGAUACUGAAACUCAAAUUUUACUUGAAGAAGGUUUCAAAGCAUGGGAGAUAACUUAAGCCUGACAUUAUAUCAAAAGUUAAAUGCACAUAAUAUUGGAAAGACAGUAUUUUACUUGUCUCCCUGCAACAUGACGGCCUUACAUUUAAUCAUCACCAGUUGCCAACCAGACUGCACCUUACCAGGCACUUACUGCUAUACAUAGAGAUAAAACGCACUACCAGCUGAAAGACUCAGGUUUGGAACAGAAUCAUAGCUUCCAGUUUUCAGUUCAGUGGAGGCUGAGAGCUUCUCCUCUAGGUUGGCUCAAAUAUCUCUGAGACCACUUACUUGUGUUACUGUAUUACAUGGACUACAAGGAGAAGUUUAGCUGUGUCUGAAACUGGUGCACUCUGGAUCAUUGUUAGAUUAAAUAGUAUUCUCAUAUAAAACUGUAGCUCACCAACCUAAGGCAGCACCAAACCCUGCUAGAACAAAAGAUGCAAAACCUGUAGACAUACUUCCACUGCUACAAUGAUCAAUACCCCCCACAACACACCUUUCAAGGUCCAUGAGUUCUACACAUGCCUAUCACAAGAUGUACCUCAUCCAGUGCACUAGAUGCUUCAAUAACAACUGUGUGGGUGAAACCAGACAAUCGCUAUGCUCUCAGAUGAACUCAUACUGAAAAAUGACAAAAACACCAUAUCGCCUGUGGGUGAACACUUUUCACAGAACAAUCAUUCUACAUCUGACCUCUCAGUCCCCAUUCUCGAAGGAAACCUGCCCAAUAUCUUCAAAAGAUGAGCCUGGGAGCUUAAAUCCAUAACUUCACUAGACACUAAAAAUCAUGGACUGAAUAAAACACUGUAUUUAUGGCUUAUUACAGCAAUCUAUAAGCCACUACCAACCCCCUUCUCUUGCCCCCAUGUGCCUUUUUUCCCCUCCCUGCCUUCUCACCUCCCUUCUCUGCAAUGACUGUAGGAGUGUUAAUGGGGCACUUCACCUUGAAUGGUCCCUUGAAAUAUGUGUUAACUACUUAUGCAAACAAUCUGUUCCACCUUGUAUUUAACUGUGACACUGAGUAUGUUUCCCAGACCUGAAGAAGAGCUCUGUGUAAGCUUAUAAGAACAUAAGAACGGCCAUAAUGGGUCAGACCAAAGGUCCAUCUAGCCCAGUAUCCUGUCUUCUGACAGUGGCCAAUGCCAGGUGCUCCAGAGGGAAUGAACAGAACAGGUAAUCAUCAAGUGAUCCAUCCCCUGUCGCCCAUUCCCAGCUUCUGGCAAACAGAGGUUAGGAACACCAUCCCUGCCCAUCCUGGCUAAUAGCUAUUGAUGGAGCUAUCCUCCAUUAAUUUAUCUAGUUCUUUUUUGAACUCUGUUAUAGUCUUGGCCUUCACAACAUCCUCUGGCAAGGAGUUCCAUAGGUUGACUGUGCGUUGGGUGAAAAAAUACUUCCUUUUGUUUGUUUUAAACCUGCUGCCUAUUAAUUUCAUUUGGUGGUCCCUAGUUCUUUUGUUAUGAGAAGGGAAUAAAUAACAUUUCCUUAUUUAUUUUCUCCACACCAGUCAUGAUUUUUAUAGACCUCUAUCAUGUCCCCUCUUAGUUGUCUCUUUUCCAAGCUGAAAAGUCCCAGUCUUAUUAACCUCUCCUCAUACAGCAGCUGUUCCAUAUCCCUAAUCAUUUUUGUUGCCCUUUUCUGAACGCUUUCCAAGGCCAAUAGAUCUUUUUUAAGAUGGGGCGACCACAUCUACACACGUGGGCGUACCAUGGAUUUAUAUAGAGGCAAUAUGAUCUUUUCUGGCCUAUUAUCUAUCCCUUUCUUAAUGAUUCCCAACAUUCCGUUCACCUUUUUUACUGCCGCUGCACAUUGAGUGGAUGUUUGCAAGCUUGUCUCUCUUGUCAACAGAAGCUGGGCAAAUAAACAAUAAUUACCUCA